AUGUCCUCAGCGUCAGCAUCAGGUUCGGGUCAGAGUUCGGGUCCUAAUGUCCCCCCGAAUGGGGGUGUAAAUGGCCGCAUACGACCAUCGGACUCGUGGUCGACCACUGAGGUGCGGUCACUGCAGCACUCUCAUGUGUGGACGAUUCGAGGGUUCUCGCAGUGCGAAUGCAGAUACUUAGAGACUUGUGUGAAGAUUAAGGAGAAUUCAUCAGCAGCGGUGAAUGUGGAUGGUGGUCAUUUGACGUUUAGAAUACGUCUGCAUCCGCAGGGAAAUAAGGAGUCGAAUAAGGACUUUAGUUUCUUUCAGGUUUGUUUAUUGUUUUGUUGUUUAUUUAUUUUUAAAUAUUAUUAUUUAUAUUUUGUUCAUUAUUAUUAUUAUUAA